AUUUGCAUUUUCAAAAUGGCGACUGAAAGUUUAUAAACUAAUAAAGGCUUUAUAAAGUUUAUAAGGACUGUCACUGUUGUCAGUAUUAUGUGAACCAAGAGUCAGAUACUUUAUCUUUGGCGUUUUUAAAUUUCCGAGUAUUAUACAUAUAGUACCACCUGGGUAGGUGUAAAGUUGUAAACUGUAUUUCACAGUUGAUACUGAAAUUUUGUGUAGAAAUGGAUUGGAAAUGAAAAAAGGAAGAGAAAGCUAGGUGAAAGUAGGACAGAAGAAAACAAGCAUGAAGAUUCAGAUGACAAUGUACUAAGAAUAGGUCCUCCACUUAAAAGAGUAGCAUCUGGCUACAACAUAUUUUCAUCAAGCAUGCUAAGUUCAGGCUAUUGAUUCAAAAUCGGAGAAAAUGAGAUUUGUUUCGUCACAAUGGCAAGCUCUUAGUGCUGAAGAAAAGAAUGAUUGGAAGAGCAAAGCCAAGCAGGUUGACAGAAUACGUCCACUAGAACUGGGAGAAGACGAAAGACGAAAAUACAUUGCCAAGACAAAAAAAAAUCUCAUGAAAGAGAUUUCUUAUCUGGAAAACCUGGGAUGCGAGGUGGCUGUUGUGAUGAUAGAACCAAGUGGGAACAUCAAUCAGCAUGGUUCAAACAAAGAUGUUCAGUUUCUCAUGCAAAACGAAGCAGUGGCAAUAAAGUUCAUGGAAUUCUUUGAUCGCCCGGCGGAAGACAAACAACAUACCCGUGCCGAUGUCCAGAAUCUGUUCAACGAGAAAUAUAGUGAAGCAUGUGGGAUUCCUGGCAGUAGAGUUCCUUACAAAAAAGGUGGUUUUACAGUUACUGGACUGCCUGAAGGAAUUAUUUUUAAGAAGCCGCUCAAUUAUGGAAGUGAUCAGAUAAAGAAAGUAAUGAUGAAUGCGGAAGAAAUUAUCUUUCACAUCACACGAGAACGAAACAUAAACGAUUCAAAACUAACCCAUGACCCACUGGCUAGUACAUCUGUACCAUCAGACAUUCAGAACUUGCUUUCUAAAAUUAUUGAGAAGGAACUGAUACCUGAAGUCGUUUCUGGCAAGUAUUCAAUAGAAGAAAAAGAUUUGGAGGUUAAGGAUUUGCAAAUUACCGAACAAGAAUUUCAACAUCUCACUACCAGGUUUCGAAAGUACUUCACUGAAGAUGGCUGGAAUUCCCUGAAAGGAAACUAUGAAAGUGCUUGUAACCAUGAGGGUUACAUAAUACCAGUCUAUACCGAGUCGGAUAAACCGUACUGGCUGUUCUAUUAUCCUGGAAAAAUAUCCAAUUUGCUAAGUCUGGAACCAAAUGCCGAAGUUUGGGGCUACUGGUUGAAUCAGACAAAAGAGCAAUGGCAGUAUGAGUUAAUAUUUUCAAAUAAGAAAAUGUCAAUCAAUGCCAUUAACAUCAUUAGCGUCCAAGAAAAUGGUUCAUCUGAACCAAUUCUUCUCAGACGAAAGAUCGUUCUAAAGAGAAGGAGUCAAGUUGUUGUGUGCCAAUCAUUCCAUGAUAGAGUCAUUGCGUGUUUGGAAAAUUAUGGAUAUGUGUGAAUAAGUUUUAAUAGUUAUUGUUGCAUUGAAACUAUAUCUGACUGCGUUCAUUCACUCUAUUAAAGGCUUAUUACGUUA